AUGGAAGACUUGGUUGGACUGAUUGAAGACUAUGGAGCUGCUGCAUUUCCAUUCAAUAAGAAGAGAAGAGAAGAGCUAACGGCUGCCGAUGAAGCAAAGCGUGAAGGGAGAAAACUCGAAGAGUUGUUGACGCAUCAAGGACGAAACCAUGUCUUGUCUAGUGAUGGCAGAGGUAGAGUUUUAGGCCUUUAGUUUGGUGCUCAUUGGAGCGCUCCUUGCCGUGCUUUCACUUCCAAACUCAUAGAAGGAUACGAAGAGCUCAUAACCUCCGGUGAUCAAGACUUCGAAAUCAUCCUAGUCUCCAUAGACCGAGACCUCAAAGAGUUUGAACUCAACACGAGUAGCAUGCCAUGGCUUGCCAUACCCUACCAGGAUAAAACAAGGCAAGACCUUUGUGGAAUCUUCGACAUCAAAGUGAUUCCGGCUCUGGUUCUGAUAGGACCGGAUGGGAAGGCUAUUAGCACAAAUGGGAAGGCCAUGAUAUCCUUGUACGGUGCCAAGGCCUUCUCGUUCACAGAGUCGAGGAUCAAGGACCUCGAAGCAGCAUUGAGAAACGAAGGAGAGGCAUUGCCUCCUCAAGUGAAGGACUUGAAACAUGAACAUAUGCUUGAGUUGGAGAUGGCCAAAGCAUAUGCGUGUGAUUAUUACAAAAAACAAGGGAGGUUUUGGGCAUUUUGUUGUGGUGUUUGUGAUUAUGAUCUUCAUCCAAAUUGCGUAGAAAAAUCGUUUGUAGAAAUGGGUUUUACGAAUUAUGAAAUUUGUAUAUCCUAA